AUGAAAUGUUGUGCUUGUGAAUCAGCAAUGCGGUGUUUGUCGAUCCGAUUUUUUCUGCUGGCCGCCCUGCUGACGAUGGUGCGGAGUCAGCAAUGGGGCGACCCGAAGUUUGUGACGGGCAACGCAGAGAACAUAUCACUCGCGGAAUACAACGAACAGCUCAUGCAGCAGGACGUUUGGAUGGUGGAGGAGAUGGACACCCCGUUCGUGCUGCUCUAUCUGAGCUACGAAGGACAACCAGAGCCAAGCAUUACGCUGGCGCCAACCAGUCUCGGAGCGGAAUUGAAGCGAUGCGACGAUGGUCGCUGGUGCAUCACCAUCAAUCGUCGGCAGGAUUAUGAGGUACACCAACACACCAACAUCAUCCUGUUGUCCUCCGAAAACCCGGCGCUGCCGUACGUCAUCUUUGUGAAUCUGGUGAACGUCCUCGACAACUCGCCGGUAAUGACGAGUGAAAACAACUGCCAGAUCGAAGAACUGCGCGCGAACUUCAUCUCAACGUGCUUGUUUAACGUGUACCAUGCGGAUGGGUUCGACGAGAAUAACAUUGGUAACUCGAGCACGAACGAGCUGUCGUUUGAGAUCGAGGAUGCGAACGGAGCCAGUGAUCAUUUUGAAUACGUUCCGGCCACUGAACUGCAUCCUCAACCGACGUACAAUAAGCUCUAUAAUCUACGGGUCAAGAAGAUGUUAGAUUACACCGAGAGAGCCAUAUUCAACUUUAUCUCUACGGUGUACGAUUUGGAUAAAACGCACUCCUUCAAAAUGAACACGAUUGUGCAGGUGCGCAACGUUGACAGUCGACCUCCGAUCUUCAGUCGUCCGUUUACUACCGAAAGAAUCAACGAGAAGGAAAUGUAUCGUACGACCGUGGUCGCCAUUGAUAGAGAUACGGAAUUGAACAUGCCCAUUUGCUACGAGCUGGCUACGGCCAAUCCCAACUAUCAGAAAUACUUCGAAAUCGGACAAACGGACGGUGUUCUGACGGUGCAACCCAUCGAUCGCGAUAGUGAGCAGAAUGAGCUAUACACGUUCACGAUUAUGGCCUACAAGUGCCACAAUAAGUUACUAAACACAUCAAGCGAGGGAGCAAUCAUUCUUGAGGACAUAAACGAUUGCUUUCCCGAAAUAGACCUGAAGCCCAGUGAGCUGGAGUUCUGGGAGAACACCGUUAUGGAGCUUGAGUUUGAGCAUUUUAUAAUUGAAGAUCGUGAUCUUGGCGAGCAUGCUCGAUAUGACGUGCGACUUACGGAAACGGUGGAUGGAACCGUUCAACCGACAGAAUCUUUCACUAUUAUACCUUCGAGUGGCUACCAGCGGAUGUCGUUUACAAUUAACAUCAACAACGCGUCCCAGCUAGAUUACGAAAUCCCACAACGGCAAACAUUCCAGUUACAUGUUACCGCACAAGAGCCAAUUGAACCGGCACACGUGCGAACCCAAGCUGUUACAAUUCGUCUCAAGAACUGGAACGACGAGGUUCCUAAGUUCGGUAAGGACGAGUAUCAAACGAGUGUUCUAGAAACGGUCGGCGCAAACAGCCUUCUAGCGUCAGUAAUCGUCACCGAUCGCGACAUCGAUGACGGCAUUAAGCUCGUCGUGCUGGGUCGUUUCUCUGAGAGCUUGCAAGUGAUCGAGCUGCCGGUUGGUGAGGAUGCCGAAAGUGGUGAUCCGAGCUAUGGAUUCGAUAUUCGAACAAACCGUGCGGAUAUAUUCGAUUACGACAUUGCGAAGGAAGUCAUCGUUCAGCUGCAAGCUGAGGAUGUGCUACGCACGAGUAAAAACGAACCAAUCCAUCAGAUCUUCUCCCAACUGGUGAUCACUGUGAUCGACGUGAACAAUAAACCACCUCAAAUUACACUUCCACGUGGUACGAUGCACAUUCUGGAAAACUCUUUAGCCGAGAGUCCGGUCAUCAUCGGGGAAGCGGAGAUUGCUGAAAUCAUUGGAACGGAUCCGGACACGGAAGCUGAGCUAGAAUUCAGCAUAGACUGGAGCAGCAGCUAUGGCACGAAAAGCGGCGUGCGUGCAAAAGCUGACACUUACGAGAACUGUUUCUAUAUACACGAAGAACGUGUCAAUCGUCAGCGAACGAUUGGAACCGUGCGCGUAAAUCCUGCCUUCCCGCUAAAGGUGGACUACGAAAUGUACGACACGCUGUUCCUCAUGAUUCGACUCGUCGAUCGCAAUCAGACGAUCAUGCCCAACACUGCCGAAUCGAUGGUAGCCAUACAGAUAGACGAUGAAAACGACAACGCACCGCAGUUCGACAACGACACGCUCACGGUGGUACGAUCGGUGAAGGAGCGAUCCGAUUCUGGGAUUACUAUUGGAAACAUUAUCGCUUACGACAUCGAUGGACCGGGAAACAACGAGAUGACUUUCUCUAUGGAACCGAUGAAUUCUGCCCAUAAAGGCUGGAUGAAUAUUGACCAAAACGGCAUCAUCAGAGUAGAGGGUAAUCGGACCAUCGACUGCGAUACACCUCCAAUCGAGUUUGUGCUCCAGAAUGUGACGGUUUCCGACUGGAAAUGGAACACCAGUCAUGUGUUUACGAUCGUGCUGUUGGACACGAACAACAAGCAACCGUUUCACGACCCUUUCCCCGACGAUGGCCAGGUGUACAAGUUUGAAAAGAUCCCUUCCAAAACUGCAAUCCUACGCGUGGAUGGCAAGGAUUUGGAUCGCGACGUGCCAUUCCAUACCGUGUCGUACGAGAUCAACUACCGAGAUUUUCCUCAGCUGCAGCGCUAUUUUGAGAUCGACAACACCGGGUUGGUGAGUGUUAAGGAAAACAACGAAGUGCUAGAUCGUGAUGCCGGUCUAGAGAGCAUCAUGAUCAACAUAGUGAUGGUCGACAACGCAGGUGGUUAUGAUGUUCAAAACCGCGUGUCAACUAACAUUUAUCUCAAGCUGCUCGAUAUUAACGACCACUAUCCGGAACUUCCUGCGUUACCAAGAGACGAGUCUGAGCUUUCGGAGGAUGCCAAAAAAGGCUACAUUAUCAAGGCCGAUUUCGCAGCGGACGAUCGCGAUGAUAAAGCCACACCGAACGCUAAGAUCUUUUAUUACAUUCGACAAUUGCAACCUGCGGUGGAAACUCCCUUGUUCGCGCUGGAAAAUGUAAACGAAUACAACGCAACACUCAAAGUCGCCGAGGAUUUGAAAGGCUACCACGGCAAUUGGACGCUGAGAAUCGAGGCAUGCGAUAGGGGCAGCGAGUACAAACCUAUCAUCGAACUUCUCGAACCGGCUAAAGACAACUGCAGGAUGCUAGACUACGAGCUGGUGGUGAAUCCGUACAACUACAACAAUCCAUCCAUCGUGUAUCCCACACGUAAUGCUCAGAUUCGAUUAAAGUACGAAUCAUUGUACAACGGACGGCCGCUGGUUGACACGAAUGGUUCUAAUCUGCCAAAUUUCGUAGCCAUUGAUGACGAUGGAGGAAUUUUCGGAGACGUUACGUUUUCGCUCAGUAGUACCAACGAUGGUGAUAAGGAUCACGAAGUGUUUCGGGUGGAUAAGAUCGAUGAAAAAACGGGACUACUAGUGCUGGAAAAUGCCCUAGCGGUGCUGCCUUAUCCAAAAAAUUACAGCCUUACGGUCGUUGCUGUAGACGGUGGUGGAAAGCAAUCAGAGGUAUCCAUUUAUGUCGUCUUCAUCGAUAUGAUGGGAGAGCCGGCGUUCUUGGAACCGACGUUCGAUACUGAUUUUACAGAAAACGAGGAGGGUCGUGACGAACGCCGCCAGCUACCAUUCGCCGAGGAUCCAAAGAAUGCCGGUCUUCCUCCGGGUGCGCAAACAAACGUAUUCUACUUCAUCGAUAAAACAUUCGGCAAUGCGAGUCAUCUGUUUGAGCUGGAUCCCGUCACGAACGUGCUUCGUUUGGCGGUGCUGCUAGAUCGAGAAGAAAUACCAUCACACGAGAUACGGAUUGUGGCGACGAACAAUGAGAACGGUCCUCCGGCAUCGAUUGUCGAGUCAUCCUCGUCCUUGCUGCUCGUCAGGAUCAAGGUGAACGACGUGAACGACAAUCCACCAGUGUUUCAGCAGCGCUUUUACGCGGCUGGCAUUACUACGAACGAUCGCGUUCAGAAGCCAUUGUUCCGCGUAUACGCCGAGGAUCCGGACGAGGACGAAAUCAUUCGCUACGAGGUGGUACCUGGUUCGGAACGAGCAGUCGGGGAGAAUUUGCAAACCGACAGUCUGCCUUUUCGAUUACACCCUGACAGCGGCGAGUUAACGUUGACCCAAAAAGUACAGCCCAACCAGAAAGGAUAUUACGAGUUCACACUCAUCGCGUUCGAUCGGGAUGAUACGCACAACGAUACGGUGCCGGCUAAAGUGUACAUCGUGUCGGAAUCGAACCGAGUGACGUUUGUGUUCUUGAAUAACGUCGAGGAAAUCGACAAGCCAGACGUGCGAGAGUAUCUGGCCCAGCAGUUGUCCUCAUCGUACGAAAUGGAGUGCAACAUCGACGACAUAGAUCAGGCUUUGGCCGAACGACAGGAAGGUGCUGGUAGUGUUCUUACAGACGUUCGAACUCACUUCAUCCAGAACAAUCAAGCGGUGGAAGCGAGCCGGAUUCAGCAGAAAUCAUCCAAUCGAACCUUUGUCACCGAACUGAAGGCUAGCCUUCGAUCUCACAAUCUCUCGUUGCAGGAUGUGCCACCGACACCAGAAGCACUGUCAGAAGCCGAUGAAACCCUGCAGAUCAUUCUGAUCGUAGUGUCGGCGGCCCUUGCCGUGUUGUGUGUGAUUCUGUUCAUUGCGUUCUUCAUCAAAAUUCGCAGUCUCAACCGCCAGCUGAAAGCUCUUUCUGCGACGGACUUUGGAUCGAUUUCGUCCGAUUUGAACGGGAAACCAACGCGAAACGUUCCGACCACCAACGUUUUCUCGAUCGAAGGCUCCAACCCGGUGCUUAACGAUAAUGAGUUUGGUCGCAUGGGUGGUGGAGUUUACGAUGAUCUAAGUAUUCAAUCGGAUGAAUCUGACUUCGUUGACAUGGACAAGGAUAUGUUCUCACCCAAACGGAAGGAAAGUCUCAACCCUGCCUUUCUGGAGCACCUACGCCAACGAUCGCUGAACCCAAUGGCGCAAGGAUCUGACAAGAGCAGCGAACCAGAUGCUGGUGUUAAUCAUAAAAAACUAGAAGAAACUGACGACGAGCUUUGCCAUCGGUUUUAAUACCGUCGACUAGGUAUAUUCAACAAUCUGCAUGAUUGACUAAUCACAGUAUAGUAGGAUCAAAUGUAUUAUGUUUGACAUGUUGUACUUCCAAGUUCAUGAUAAGGGUUGUGUUUUUAAAACGAAAACACUGUUAAAGUCAGCUGCUUCUAGCUGUGACACGGAAAUAGUCAAACUAGGAACUUUGCAACCCCCAAAACACGUUCAUUCCUUCCCUUGACAUUCUUUUUUUAUCCAAUUCGAUUGCUAUAUUCGUAUGAUUGUAAGGUUAUCGUUAUGGAUUGCCAUUCCUGUGCGCGAAACAUCGAAUUUAUGCUAAAGUUGAACAUUCAGUAAUGUUUCUCCCUCACAAUCCUAAGCGAGUGUUAGUUAACUGAUGAAAGUGCAAUAUAAAACGUAAAA